AUGGAAGGUGGCAGAGUUCAUGGUGGCUGUCAUGAUAUGGUUUCAUCGCUUGAGAAUCCCAACAAUUCUCUUUGGCGUUCUUCUUCUUCUGCUUAUUACGGGUCGAUGGUGAAUUUUGAUCAACAACCACAACCACCCCAACGGCUGCCGCCGCCGCCACCACCACCACUGCCGCCACUUCAACAAGGGCUUUUGGUGAACCCAAAAAGAUACCGUGAAGAACUGUUCGCCGGAGCAUUCAAUGCAGAUGACAUCAGCGACGAUGAAUUGGAUGCAAGCCUCUUCAACAACUCGGUGAAAAAAAGGAGGCUAACCCCGGAACAAGUUGAGUUCUUGGAGAAGAGUUUCAAUGCGGAUAACAGGUUGGAACCCGAAAGAAAAGCGCACCUAGCCAAAACAAUUGGGUUGCAGCCUAAGCAAGUUUCGGUUUGGUUCCAAAACCGACGUGCUAGACAUAAGACUAAGCUUGUUGAAAAAGAGUUUGGUUCAUUGAAAGACAGCUAUAAUAGUCUCAAGGUUUAUUAUGACUCCCUCAUCAAGGAAAACGAGAACUUGAAAAAUGAGGUCGAGAUGUAUAAGAACUUGCUGAAAAUGGAAGGGAGAAGUAUCAACUCGAGCCCAAUUAGCACACCACCAUUCGAGGAUGAAGGGACAACGAAGAUUGAACCUCGAAGAAAGGAGGAGAUAGUUGGUUUAGAAGGAGUUGUGUUACAAGGCGCUAGGCUAAGUGAAGCCGCAAAGCUAAGUGAAGACGCGAAUUCAGCCAAGAGUGACAUCCUUGACUAUGAUAGCCCACCUUGCACCGUUGUGAACCAAUCUGCUGCGAUUGUUGAGGCACCUUCAACCCUCAUUGUGCGAGAUCCUGACCAGCAAACUGACUUUGCACAAGUGGAGAAUAUGAUGAUGCCUAAAAGCUUGUUGCUGCCACAAUCACCACCAACAUACAACAAUUUUGUUAACGUACAAAAUGUUAAUGAGAAUUAUGACCCUAACAACGCCAAUACUUGUAACUUUCCAAUGGUUGAUAAUCAGCUUAACUGGUCUUGGCUUUACUAGCUUAGCUUUAUAUGUACUGGUGGAUAGUCGUUACCAAUCCAUGUACGAUCAAUCAUCGUUACAUUUUGGUACGACCAUAGCUAGUACUCCGUAGGAGUUAGUCAUUAUCAAUCAAUGUACGAUCUUUGGAUCGUUACAUUUUUGGUAUGACUAAAUUAGGACUAGUUUGUCGUUCCCGGUCGAUAAUGUACGAUUAUCGUUACAUUUUGGUACGACUAAAGGUUGUAGGAGGUAGUCGAUUCCAUUCAAUGUACGAUCAUCGUUACAUUAGAGUACGAUCAUAGCGUAGUCAUCGUAGUCAUCUACAUUUACUUUUUUUUUUUAAAGAAAAAGUC